CUCAUUUAAAGAUCCUGCGAGGGAUUUCUUUUCGGCUUGGGGGGUUGUUACUAAUCGUUUUUUGGGGGGUCUUUUGUCACGUUUCCACAAUGCGUGUAGUGCUCAGGGUUGCGAUUGUUAUAGGUGCGGUCUGAUGGGGACUCCGGUGAAGUGUUUCAACUGUAAUGGCGAUGGCCACUUCGCGCGGGAAUGCCCGAGUACCAAGAAUCAGAAUGGCAACGAAAAUUCCGCGUCGGCACCCUCGACUCCUCAGUUUUGGACACCCAGACGUAAUCCCGAGGAGACUGAGGAGCGUGAGUUUAUCAAGCAGAUGAUACAGGAAAAAAGAGAGGAACAGGCCAGGAGGAGGGAAUUGGAGGAGCAGAGGAGAUUUGAUGAGAAGUUGAGAGCGGAGAUGGCGAGGUAUGCUGAAGCAACCAAGGCGGAAGUUAUGGCGGUUGUCACGAGACAGUACUUAGGACAGAGGGAUGAAGCAAGGAGGGAAGAAUUGAAGAGGGGAUGGUCCCCUCCUCCCCGGAGGAGGGAUGACCAUCGCGUGGAAGAAGAUUUGGGUGAUGUCGACGACAUUGACUUGGAAAUAAGGAGGUUGGAGCUUCUUUGGGAAGAGGCGGGGUGGGAAAGAGCCGGUACGGGUGGAGGGAAGUUGACAUCAGAAGAGAUGUCGGGAUCCAGCUAUCGGGAUAAUCGUGAUUACCGCCGGAGUUCGGAACGCGAUCGUACCUAUGAUGAUGGAAGAUACGGAGGCCGCGAUGCCGCACGCGAGAGAGGCCGUGAUGGGCGACGCGAUCGCUAUCCUAAAGAUGAGCGGAGCACGGGUUAUCGUGAGGGAGGGAGGCGUCCGCAGGGUACGUGUUUUGAGUGCGGGGAGCCAGGUCAUUACCGCAAUCAAUGUCCUAUGUUGAUUGGAGAAUCCAGUACUCAACGAGGUCGAUCGGCCUCACCAGGGUACAAGGCAAGAGGAGUCGUGAAGCGUCCCUCGUCUGAGGAACGUGCUCUCCGUAAGCAGCUGGAGGAUUUGACCUCCACUAUGGCCAGCAUGAAGAGCUUCAUUGACGCCGAACAAACACGUAAGGACAAGGAGGAAAGACAGAGGAAGGAGUCCGAGAAGCGUGAACAAGAGGAAGCUGAACAACUUCAACGGGAGACCAAGGAGCAACUGGCGCGUGAACGACGAGCAUGCAAGAAAGAAGACAAGAAGAAGAAAGAAGUUGAAGACCGAGCAGCCCUGCGCAAGGAGUUGCGCAUGGAUAUGAGACUCCAUAUGGGAGCGAUGUGUGAAGGCGUUCACGAUCACAUCAUACAGACGAUGUUAUCGGAAGGAAAGAAAGGGAAAGCGAAGACCACUGAGUAUUACUAAGAUUACUCGGACUGAGACUCGGAUGAUAGCGAAGUCCACGCUCUCAGGGAACAAACCGAGUAACUCAUU